AUGCCCCCCAAGCGCAUCGUUGUUGAGCCUCGAUCCCGCCGUGCUCCCAAGGGUGUUAUCGGCUCCACCUAUGACGCUCUUACCUCGUCCGAGAACGCCGCUGUCGUCCGCAGCAUCGCUAUCUUUGGUGUUGUUGUGACAUUCCUGUCCAGCUCUUGGGGCGAGAUCCUUCUGCCUCCCCCGGCUAGUAGUAGACUGGCCCAGCUUGUCUCCAAGUUCGAGUUCCUCGAUGCUGUGGCCUCGGUUGGCAAUUCGCCUCAUGCAUCGCCAAACUCCAAACUUGUCACCGCCAUCAGUCAUCCUUCUGUAGUCGGGUUGACUGCGUCGAAAACACCAAAGCGGAAGUCUCAAGGAUCGACAAUUACACGAGAGAGAAGCUCAAUCGACAGUCGUUUCUCACCCGUUCGCUUUGCCACUUCGAGCUUGGAGCCUGCCCUCACUCGUCGGGCACAAACCUUUGGAACUAAAUCGCCUAUAGUCCCGAUCAGCAAUGCUGAUACAAAAUCGAGACAAAAGUCUGUUGCCGAAAGGAGGAUGAUAUUCGAGGCAACAAGUGAGCAGCCCGAACCAUCAACCCCUCGAGGAGGGUCUUUGAUCCCUAGGCCACCAUUACAAUUGGCGCACUGGAAAAGCUGGCGGUCGCUCAAGAGCAAACGAUCCGCUGCUCAUUCCUCCACGGACAAUGCUGCUGUUACCCCUGAGUCGACCGGCAACGAAUUAAGGACACCUUCGAAGCCACUCUCCCCGGCACCCCAACCUGUCCCUUCGCCGCGGACUCUUCUCUCUUCUGACGAUCCUUUUGGCACAUGGAGAUCGCCUUUAAACCGAUCUGAUGAUUCGUGGGCGUCCUUCAAGCGAAGUUACUAUGUGAAGGCUGCACCGGAUGCAAGCCCAAGCUACAUCCGAUCUCAGUACACAGAGGCAUCGCCACAAGUAGAUCAGAGGGUAUCGAUACACGAGGCUAAAUUCAAUUCCCUGGUGGAAAAUGAUCUUGCGGAAAGGAACCUCUCAAUAGGGGAGAACCGAAACCAUGGAUGGAUGGAUCAUGCUCGAAAGAUGGCUUCUUCAUUUUCCAACACAGUAUCGGGCGGAACCUCAAGUCACCGAAACAAAUAUGUUGGAACUCUUGGUGCCUUUGACCAGAUCCCUAUCAACAAGAAUGAUCUCAUGUCUUUCAAAUUGACAGGUACAAGUGACACGGAUCGUUCGAAGCUGCCACAUUCCAAAAUCUCAGGUCUUCGAAAGAGAUUUGGCCAGUCAAAGGAACAGCCGUCGGUUGCAUUUGCUUCUGCUGACAAUGAAUGCCAAGAAUCAGCUCCGACAGAAACUGGGUCGCCAAUCUCACCAUCGAGAAUCCCACUACUGAAGUCGUGCAGUUCUACAGAGUCGGAAGAAUUGAAGACAUCAACGCUUAGGUCUAAAAGUUACGCCCCGUACCGAAGUCAGUCUUUCUUGAAACCACUUCACACUCCUGUCAGACGUCGGAACACUGAGAAGAAUGACUCGCCUUUGCAACAAAAGAUUAGUCUUUUCGAGUCGCUGGACCACCAUAAUUCAGUUCCCGAGCCUCUCCGCACGACUACCGACACACGCAAUUUUCGUACCAACUCUGGUGAGCAUGGACGAAAGGAUUCUACCAUAGCCCCUCUUAGAUCAUUCCGAGGCAAGUUACGGCGGAUAUCUACGUCCUGUCGAAGGACACCAUCGGAAUGGAGCACCACGAGCUCGAGAGACGUCGGUGACUCCGUGUUGCGAAGUUCUGAUACCAGUCCGGUGGCGCAAGAAGAACAGGCUGCAACAGUAGCUGGCGAAGCAUUGUCACCUUGCACCACUGAUGUUAUCCCGAUACAGCCUAUUCUUAAACAAACGUUUCUUACCAAUGAGAUUUCACCUCUAGUGCUAGAAAAGCCUUUGUCUUUCUCUCGAGCGCCCAGUGCCCGACCGGGCUUCAACAUGGAUGGCGAGGCUGGACUGGGUGUAGCGCCCCUUCCUUUGUUUGCCGAACCUCAAAGGCGGUUCUCUCGUACGAAGAAUAUACUUGCUCGGGCUGCCAACCAACUUUCCCUUCCAGAUAUUGAGAAAGAACUUGAGCUAAUUGAACUCCUUGAGGACAAUCUCAAGAGUGUUUCUGACGAUAGCCUUCCCGUCUCAAAGGCACGUUGCUUGCUGGAACAACCCAAGCCAAUGAAUGGGAAAGAGCUGAAACGACUUGUCAGUUUGUGUAAGGAGAAAGUCAGAAAGAUUUCUGGUGGCCGUAGCGAAUAG